AUGGUCUACGACCGCGGGAACCUCACCCACUGCGCUCCGAACGGGGAGGCCGUGCUCUACAAGCGCGCGUACCCGGAGGGCAUCAAGAUCAGAUCUCGCGACGCCCGCCGCGGCUGCCUCUUCCUCGACGACCAGAACAAGCUCGCCGACGGACGCCGCUCCUCCGUCUUCCGCACCCCGCUCAUCGCCACCCUCGGUCCGCGCGACCAGAAGCGCAAGCAUGUGCGCGUCGUAGCCAAGGUCGCGGACGACCGCUGUCGCUCUCACCAUCUCCUCCGGCAAGAAGCCAAGGCGUACGCCGCCUUCCCCCGCGAAUUCUAUGUCCGCUCCAAGCCCACGGCGCCGCCCAUCGUGCCCAAGUUCUACGGAUACUACGUCCCGAUCAACUCCAAGGGAGAGUCACUCGAGCGCGACCACCCGGGCUGCAACGAGUACGCGACUUCUCAGUGCCACGUUCAUCGCUGGCCGAAGGCGAUCCUCCUCAUGGAGGACUGUGGGGAGCAGAUCGAUACGGCGUGCAUGCCCUUCAGCGAGCGGAACGCGUGCUGGGACCUCGUCGAGCGCAUGCACCGCCAAGGUUUCUCGCACGGGUACGCGCACCCGCAGAACAUGCUCGUCCAGCCGGGCCCCAUGAACGUCCCCGUCGAGAAGCGUUCGUACCUUAACCCGAGUUUCCGGCUGGUCAGCUUUGGGCGCUGGCGGGCGCUCGGGUACAAGCUGCCUAUGGAGUCGGCGCGCUGCGCCAAGCGUGCCUUCGAGAAGGGCCGCGAGACGGACGUCAUGGUCUCCCUGGACGAGCUGCGCAUACUCAACCACGGCGAGCCCGAGGAGGAGGACGAGAGGAGCGUGGACGCCGACGACGAAGACGAGGAGCCCGAGAAUGAGGUCGACAUCGAUGCCGAUGUCGACGCCAACGCCGGGGAGGACGGGUAUGAUUCAGAUGCGACGGUGACCUGUUAG